AUGGCUUCAAGAUCUCACAAACUUGCCGUUAUUGGAGCUGCCCACGCAGACCACGUCGAGGAGUCUUUUGCUCUGGAUCCGGCAAUUCAGCGCGCACAAGCUGAAGAUGAUGCUGAUCGCGAACUCGGCAUUCCCGCCAUCUUGGCCAAGUAUUGGCGUCCUUGCUUGAUUUGCUCUGUAUCAUUUACUGCUGGUCUAGUCUUUGGCUACGAUGUCACUGUCAACGGUGCAUCCAUUUCAAUGCCGGCCUUCUUGCUCUACUUUGGCGACAUGAAUGCCUCUGGGCCCUACCUACCCUCUCUCUGGACAUCUCUUUGGACUGCCAUGUCGUCGCUCAUGCAGGCUAUCGGUGCCAUCAUUGCCGGUUGGAUCUCUGCGCGACUAGGUCGAAAGUGGCCCGCCUGCGCCGGCGCCUGUCUAACACUGGUUGGAACUGCCAUUCAGUAUAUAGCGACAGCACGAGGUACUCUAUUGGCCGGAAAGAUGGUGUCAGGUCUGGGUAUCGGCUGCUUAUAUUCGAUCGCAACAACAUAUGCCGGCGAGGUUGCACCAUUGAGACUUCGAGCACCCAUUCAGACAUGGCUAGUUGCUUUUGUCAUCAUGACCCAGGCCGUCUGCUUGGGUGUCAUCAGAGCAUAUGUUCCCGACAUUGACGAGUCGGCGUUCCGUUUCGUGUUUGCCCUCCAAUGGGCUGUCGGAGGCAUUGCAGUGAUUGCCUGGGCAUUUGCACCCGAGUCACCAGUGUAUCUAAUCACACGAGGUAAGACGGAGGCGGCUCGAAGUGUGAUGCGACGAAUCUACGGAAACAGCAAUGAGACGGACGAUCGACUCGCAUGCCUGAUAAACGACAUCGAAAUGGAGCAGGCAUCUCAAGAAGACAACGGUUCAUACGCUGCUUGCUUCUCGGGCCCGCAUCUCAAGAGAACCUUGACCAUUGCCCUCCUAUUCUCCUUGACCAAUGCAUCCGGGGCCGCGUUCCUGUCCCAGAACAUAUACUUUUUGAUCACGGCAGGUCUUGAAGCGAUUCAUGCCUUUGACAUUGGCAUUGGAGGUUUCGGUCUUGCGCUGCUCAUUAUUGCCGCCAGUGGCAUGUAUCUGAAGCACUUUACCCGGCGCAACGUCAUUCUGACGGGUCUCGUCAUCAACUUUGUCUUCAUGGUCAUCAUUGGCGCCCUGUACUGGGUCCCCGGCGAGGGCGCCCUCUGGGCCAUUGCCGUGCUCAUGAAUGUGCUCAUCUCGCUGACGACGUCGACCCUGCAAGCCGCGGCGUGGCCCGUCGCCGCCGAAAUUCCGUCGUACCACUUGCGCGCAAAGUCAAUGUCCCUGGGCAUCUUUACCCAGACUCUUACCUCGUGGCUCUUCAUCUUCAUUACGCCCUACAUGUAUAAUGUGGACACGGGCAACCUCGGCGCCCGGACUGGCUUCAUCUAUGCGGGUACGACACUGCUGUUGGGAGCGGGUGCCUUUUGGCUUGUGCCUGAUACAACUGGCUUGACGACACCCGAGGUGGAUGCUGCCUACGCCGCACAAAUUCCACCACGGAAAUUCCAAACAUUUGUGGCCAAUACCUUUAGGAUUGAAGAAGGCAAGGUCUAA